AUGUUCACGACAGUGAAGCUCUCCAUCCACACUGGACUUGUUGCCUCAGCUGUUGCAUCCUCCUGGACCAUCGCAGCAACACUACUGACCUUGACCACCUGGACGUAUCUUUACGGUAUUUCCGGAGCUUACUUCUAUGAUUCAGGCCCAACGGUGCAGAUCUUCGUGUUUGCGAUUGCACCAAUCGAGCAAGAGCGCCGGGAUCGUUUUGUUAGUGUGAAAUGUGAUAUCCGCCUCAAAUAUUCCGAACUUGGUACGGCUACAUUUUCUCUGGGGAAAUGGUUGGAUGGAACUAUAGAUUCGUUGAGGCAAUUCCCAGAAAAACGAGCUCUGAACUCGCCUUCGACAUGUAAAAUUAUCUCCUGUUUCGUGAACUGCGCAUUUCUUUGCAUCGGGGUUUACCUGGUUCAUCAGGAUUACCUAAGACUCUGGAAUUGGGCAGAUAAGAGGGAAUACCAAUCCUUGGCAUGGGAGAAGGAAGGUCAAGAUACUUCCAUAAAGAGAAAUGAAGAGAGAGAUAAGACAGCGGAAGAAAUCGAUCGGAAAUUGCAAAGGUCGGACUUGGACGACGAAAAGAGGAAUUGGUUAAGGGGAGCACGACAAAUCGAAAAGGAGCUAGAGGACGUAUGGACACUGUACUUAGCCCCUUCCCAAUCGGAGUUAUCGAAUCGAAGUUCGAAAUCUCUUCUGACCAACCUCAACAUCAAGCUACAUGCUAUUCCUGGAAAUGCUUCCCGCCCCGAUACGUAUGCGAACGGGAUAAAAUGUCAAACAAAGCGGGACAUAUGGCUUUGCCUGGAUCGGCGAAGCGAAGAGGACUGGAAUCGCGUAAGAGAUGAGUGUCUGCAUAAUGAAGGUGUCGAUUGUCAGAUGAUGGAUGGCUUGGGAACUUUUCGAGUGGACGUCAAAUUAAGAAGAUUAGACGAAGACAAAGAGACACGGGACGAAAGAAAAGAGACAUUUUUCUUCAAGAAGUUGAUAUUUCCGAGCAUAAGCGUACUCAUAGGGGGAAAACAAAAGAAGUCGGAGAAAGGAGUUGAGUUGUGGGACCGACAGAUUGGUACAGCCCUCAAAACACAUCAGCUAUCAACAACAGCGAUGCCGAUGGGGAGGUUGGAGAAGAGAUGUGGGAAAUUUUUUGCCCGAUGGCACAGAAUGACAAGACAGCAUUUCAUUAUGCAAAAGCUACAUUGGAAAAGGCAGUGAUGAGGUCCAGUGCCAACUUCACAGCAACGAAGUCAGGAUUGAGCCCGACAACGAACUCGAAAAUGGACUCUGCACACGACCCAGGGGCCUUUACGCCGAACAAUUGAAUGACCGUAUAUAUACUAGGUCAUAUCUUUAGACUUUGUAAUCUGUAGACAGACAUGAUUGAAUGUUGGGUGGAAAGUUUGUGAAAUAUAAAUUUGUCCGCAUACCGCGCUAGCCUCAUUGGGACUAAUACUGGUAAUUAGCACGUGAUGUCGAUCACCUCAUCUUUAUAUCG